UGCCCUUUUACCAUUGUUUCUUUCCUUCAAAAGUGCCUUUUGGAAGCAGGAGCACCAACCUGGCCACACUUUCUACUAGACUGCACAAUCCUUAUCUUAUAGCCUAAUCCAGUCUUAUCUUUGGCAAUUGACGCUCCGCGCCCUGAUUGCACUGCGCCUGCAGUUCCAUGACACCUCCACCCGGUCAAAUAGACAUAUGCCUAAUCGACGUUUGUUUUUUUGUUUUUUGUCGAAAGCUGAAACAGAAUAAACCAACAUAUGUAGGCUAUGCGUAAUUAAUCAACCUGCACGAUCUGCCAAACGACGACUAUAAGGACGGAUUUGACGAGGGGAAAGCGAUCAUGAAGAUCACCACAUCUCUCGGAGCAUCACUGUCCAAAUAUCCCGUCAGCCGUGCACAUCGCCUCUGACUUUCUUUGGGAUACGGCUUAUUGUUUAACCUCAGUCGGGUCAAUGUAUAUAGACGCGUUCAAACGGAUCCUCUUUGAAAGGCUGAACUGCUUGAAAAGAAUGUGUGUGUGUCAGCGCCAAGGCAGCUCGUUUGCCAUGUCUAAGACAGCGGUGAAGAAGCUGCACUGGCGUUCCAAGGUACAGGACAGCUUCGUCCCCUUGCUAGGCUCGUCGGGGGAACUGGGGAUCGCCAUUGGUGGUGGAGCAGAUUAUGGAGAGUUUCCUUUUGUCACGUCGGCUCCGGGAGGCGGACUCACAGUGGGUGAUAUCAUCCUAGAGAUUGGGGGAACACCAGUAUUAGGGAUGACAUUAGGAGAUGUCCGUGGUGUCCUCAAUUCCUGCCCCCAUCCUAUCCGCAUCAAAACUGUGUCACCAGGCUCAACAUUGUGCAAGGAUCUCAGGUUGUAUCUGAGUAAGUGCUUCACACCCGGCUCUGUGGACAGCCAACUUCAGCAGGUCAUCCGAGAGAACCUCUACCUCCGUGCUGUACCUUGUACAACCAGACAACCUAGAGAUGGGGAAACCCCAGGGGUAGACUACAAUUUUGUCUCCAUUGAGGAGUUCUUCUCCUUGGAGGAGUCGGGAGCGCUGCUUGAGAGUGGAAAAUUCAAAGGAAAUUACUACGGCACUCCUCGACCUGUUCACAUCAGUGCAGAGAGCCCCCCCAUCACAUACCAGGAACACCGCAACCUGCUCAGAAACUUCCGCACACGCAGCAAAUCGCUCAGCAACCUGGAGAAGGCUGCAGAGGAGGCCGGGAACAGUGAGGAGGACUCAGGCCUGUCAGGAGGCUCUGCAGGUCUCAGCAGCAGCGUCACUCCUAGCCAUCGUACGCCCGGUCGGCCCCGGGCAUCCAGCAGUGGGGAUGGUCGUGUCGUAGAGAACGGGAUCAUCAUCAGCAGAAGUGGUGUCAGGGUGAGAGGUGUGAUGCCUGAUCACUGGGAGCAGGCCUUCAGUGACCCAGGGGAGUCUCACUACAUAGAUCGCAACCCAAAGAGGACCAGCUGGCAAAGUCCUCGAGCCUCAAGCAGGGAAACCGUCUACAAAAAUGAAUGGUUCACCGACCUGCCUGGGGAGCUCAGGGGAUUCCCCGUGCACACACACUUAACCAAAGGCUCCAGAGGGUUUGGUUUCAAUAUUGUUGGGGGCAGCAGGCCAAGAGAGUUCCUCCAGGUCUACAGUGUGACUGCAAGUGGACCCUCAGCACUCAAGACAGCGGACAUCCUGGUGUAUAUCAAUGACAUUUGCGUGUUGGGAGUGUCUCACAAAGAAGUGGUAGAGAUGCUGAAGUCGGUGCCUGUGGGCCACAGUGUGGACAUAGAGGUUAGAAGAGGGUAUCCCAUGCUCUACAACCAUGACGGGUGUCCCAAGCAGCCCCCGCCACGACUACUGGACAGCGGGGACCCCAUCCUACCACCCACCACCACCCAACCUCAGCCUCUUCACCAACUACCUCGACUCCCAACACCCACUCCCCAGACCCAACAACUGAACUUUAACGGGGUCCACAGUGACGGGAGCUACAUGGAACCGGGGGUGACUCUAGAUGCUAAUGGGAACGCCACAUCUUUCGGUACCAGGCAGCCGUCCUCAUACAGACGCUCCAGUGUGAGCAACGCUGCCUCUUCCUCUCCUGUACGUUCCUUGAGAAGUUUAGCCAGGCUGCAGUCAUUCGACCCAACGCUUGCCAGCCAGAGUGACAGCGAAGUGGUUUCUGCCAUUGGUUCCCACAGGGCAUCAAUGAUCCGUAAUCACAACAAUAACUCCCUCUCAACACCCCCUCAUCCUUUGCAUCACGGCACAUCUAAGUCAUCUGAGAGUGAUCUGUCCACCUGCACCCUAUCGGGGUCCCGGCUGCCCCAGCCUCAGUCACCGAGGAGGCCCAUGUCCUCCCCCGGUGGCCCCAACAGCACUCACUCCCACCUCUUCAGACCGCAGACCUCCCAUCUCAGACCUCCUCCCACCCCUGAUAGCCCUUACCACCGGGGCUUCAAUGGUUUUCAAGGCAACACCAGCCCCACUGCAAGUCCCAGCAGCAUGUCCUCUCCUGGGGCAAUGAGCAUGGGCAGUGGAAUUGGCAGUUUGAGUGGAGGGGAGCUAGUGCCAGUGGUCUUGGCCCAGAGUGAAGGAGACAGAGGACUCGGUUUCAGCGUGACGUCUGGCGGCCCACGAGGCAGGAAGACUAUUGUGAAAAGAGUCUGGGACAGAAAGCAGUGCAACUCCCUGCAGCCAGGGGAUGCUAUUGUCAAAAUCAACGGAGCAGAUGUCCAGAGUUUUAGCUCUGCACAGGUACAAACAGUUCUCCUGGAACACACCAAACUGGCAGAAGUCAUCUUGUUGGUUUACAGAGGAGGUAUCUAUCAUUCAGCCAUCUCCCCUGGCUCCAUUCGGAGACUCCCUCCACCUCUACUCCGCCCCCCUCCUCCACCUGUUGGUUCAGAUAACUCCUCUGCGUUCCCAGACGCACUGCCUAUGCACCAUACUUCCAUUAGCGCCCCUCCCUCCCCAGCCCUGAUGCGCUCCUCGCUGAUUCAGAGCACCAGUUUCUUGGAGUCGAUUCCAGUAACCCUGACCAUGGAACCCAAAGACUGGAUCAACACAGGCCUGGAGGAGGAGGCGGAUGGUGUCACAGUGCCUGAUUCCGGUCUGGAGAGGCAGGGUGAACGAACUCGGCCACUCCGAGGGUUUGAUGUGGAGCUGAGGAGAAAGCCAGGAGAGGGCUUUGGGUUUGUCAUUGCCUCUCAUGAUGUGGAGACUGGCAAAGCUGCUUCACUUCUCCCUCACCGGUUUGUGACGGUCCGUCGGAGCAGCCCAGCAGCCAAGAGUGGCCAGAUCCGGCCUGGAGAUCGAUUAGAGGCAGUAGAGGGACGCUCUGUGGUGACUCUGCCUCAUCGGGAGCUCGCUCAGAUCCUUCGUCGAGCAGGAAAUACUCUACGCCUCACCAUUGUCCCCCGUCCCAGCACCUAUACUUCAAGCCUUUCAGAAACCACUGAGUAUGACCCCGGUCACAGAAGCAGAAAGGCUCAGAGGUCGCGUCCAAAGCGUGACUCCAGGUAUUACAGCGUAGAUCUAGAUCGUGGCCAUUCAGGCUUUGGCUUCAGCCUCCGAGGGGGCAGUGAGUACAACAUGGGCCUCUACGUCCUGGGGCUGAUGGAGGGGGGGCCAGCCUCCCGGAGCCAAAAAAUGCAGGUCAGCGACCAGCUCGUGGAGAUCAAUGGGGACAGUACAGCAGGCAUGACACAUAGCCAGGCGGUCGAGCAGAUCCGCAGAGGAGGCCACCGCAUCCACCUGGUCCUCAAGAGAGGAAACGGCUACGUGCCUGACUAUGGCCAUGAGCACAGAAUCACGUCCCCCUCCCCCCUGCAUCACCCCAAGGAGCAGGGUUUGGCUGCAGUAGACUCCACCGGGCGGAAGGGGCACAGCUCCAAGCAGAAGAGGAGAAGCAGGUCUUCGAAUGGAAGCGAGAGAGCAAAAGGGACUGGAACAAGAAGGAGAAGACAGGGCUCAGAGGGAGGAGGGCACUCUGGUUUACAAAGCCCCAUCUCUGAGGAAGGAGAGAGGUCUCAGGAAGCCAGGGACAGGAGGAGGAGGAGGAGGAGAAAAAAAGAGUCUCAGAGUUUACCCAGAGUAGCCCUCAGGACAGUGAGAGGAAGGAAAGCGGAGAGGGAUAGUGGGAGGAGCAAAGGCAGAGAGAGGAAAAGUGGAAGCGUGGAGAGGGUGGCGAGAGCAGAGAGUGAAGUGAGUGAGCAAGAGGAAACGCAGGGGGUACCUGCUGUUGAGGAAAGGGUAGAAGAAAGUAUGGAAGAGGUGGACGAGAGAGAAGAGAGUGAAGUGGAUGUUUUCCUACCCAUUCCAAGUCCUAACCAAAAGCUUCCCAGACCCAAACAAAGCUGGGAGGUGGCGUAUGAUAAAAACUGGGGCAUAGCAGCAAACCACAGGGAACUGAGGAAAGAGAAGGAGUGGGAAAGGUCAUGGGAUGAAGAUGGGGGUGAAAGUAGAGAGACAGAGCUGAAUGAGGAUCAGAGAAAUGAUGAUGCACAGAGCGGGCGUGCCGAGAGGCAUUUAGCAAGUGUUGCAACAGAUCCGGUGUCACAGAGAAAGCCCUUCUCCUUCCUCACCUCCACACUGUCCGUAGAGCAACUGGGGGACGAUGAGUCAGAGUCUGGAGGCAGCCAUUCUGACAGCAGCGUGUCUGCUGCCAGCAUCUCAGGCCUUUCUCUGGCCGCCGGUCGUGGGGCCGAGGUGCUGCCAGGCCCUUGGCUCAUACCCAGCCAGCAGAGGGUGGCUCCGGUCGUAGAGGGGAACAGGCACCCUGGGAGGUGGACAGGACAGGGAGGAGGAAGAAGCGCUGUCUCUUGACUUUUAGCAGGAAGUAGAGCACGCAGACACUGAACGAUACUGUAUCAGAUUCAGUCAGUAUCACAAUUUUAGACCUCGACUUGUUUUCUGCAGCUACCCACACUACCAACAUUUUCUCUCAGUCACUUUGAUAUCAACAGUAGUAUGAAAUAUUCUUUGUGCCUUUUUUAUAGCAGACCUCUGGCUGAUGUUAAAUGUCGAUAUCACAUUUUAACUUGUAAAUGACACCAACAUGGUAAGGUUAUGUCUGUUUUUGCUGGCGAACAACAAAGACAUUGGGUUUUUUCUUAGACCAUGUAGCCCUCAGUAUGUUUCACUUUCUUCUUUACAUUUGCAGCAUUUGUGAAAGAUGUUUCCAGGACAACAAGGUAUCAAACACAUUGACUUCCUAUCUCUCACCCACGUCUCUGCAUCUCUGCAUUCAAGCUACUUUAGCAGAAGUACCCCCUAUGGUGCAAAGACUGCACAGGCACUCACUUAUACCUCAUGAAGAUACUGAGCAAUAAUAAUGCAAUCUGUCCGAGACUAUCAGCCAUCCAUUUCCACUACGCCACAUUGAUCUGGCCUGAGAGGAAACUGUGUAACAUGUCUGUACGAUAUUGUUUGUUUGAUGUGGUCUCGACUUGUAAUGUUAUAAAUGAUAUCACAGAACCUAAAAUAUUUAAUUGUGAAAAUGCAAUUCCCCUUUGACAGCAGGUGUAUAAUCUAUAUUCUGUAAAUAGUUGUAGGAAAAUAAAUGACAUAACCUAUUGUAAAUACAAUACUAACUGGAGCCAGGCCCUGAUUUCUACUGUAAUGUAAUAAGUCAUGAUAAAUCUAUAUAUACAUGCAGUAUAUCUAUAUAUUAUAUACAAAAGCUACUAAUAUUUAUUUAUUAUUGUGUGAUGAGAAUUUACGUGAAAAGUGGCUUUUGUGAAGGCUCAAAAUGUAAACACAAACUAAGAACUAUAUUGUUAUCUGCCCUAUUCGUAAAUGAAUGUUUUGUAAUAUGCUGCUUGAGUGUGGAUAUGUUGUACUCUCCUCCAGAAGUCAGCAAAAGAUGCCAAAAAUAUGCAUUUGGUGUGCAUAUUUCAAGUACUGUUAAUAUUGUGUAUGUGGGGUCAGAACAAACCCACUAUCUAGAUUCUAGAGAGUGCUGUGCACAUCGUGCCACGUACAGUUGCCUUGGUAACAUAAACCACUUCAUCCUAACCACUGAUUUUUCUUACUGUGAAAACCCUUUGCUCUGAGGUCUCUAAUAUGAGAGAGGUGGGCGGGCCGUUUAGUAAUUUCAGUCAUGCCAAAAAAAAUGCCCUUACUGUAAGUCUACAAAAAUAAUAAUCACAAGCUUCUGCAGAAUCUGAGCUCAGUGUUGCGUCUUAGAUGGCACAUCAUUUAUUUUUUGUUCUCUUUUUUAAAAAUUCUGUUGUGAAAAAAAAAACUAGCUAAAUGGAUACUGUGAGAUGUUAUUUUUCUAUGAAAUUAUCUUUUUUGAAAUACUCAGGUUUUCAGAUAUUUUGCUCUAGAUAAGCCAUUAGGAAGAAAAGCUACAAAGUGACUUCACACCAUGUUCAGAUUAUUUAGAAAUGUUUAAGCUAUGUUAUGUAGCCUAUCAUUCCUUAUGGCAGCAUUACGAGACGCAGACUGUUACAGCUGUUUGUAACCAGCCCAUAAAUAUCUAAAGAUUGAUGCUAUAAGUGAAGCCAUUCCUUCAUUUGUACCCAUUUUGAACAAACCCACAGAACUGAAAUGAAUUGCUUGGUGAGCCCUGCCCAUUGUUUGCAUUGCUGUGCUGCCCAGAAAUGGUCAUACAGUGACCAAACCAACAUACUUUAUUCCCCAAACAAAGGCCAUAAAGAGAGUAGCUUGGUAGCCUAUAUGUAAGACUUAUUUUACAAUGUUUGCUAAUUUUCUUUUUUUAGACUUUCAUUUCCUAAGAGGGAUUAUGGCUGAACUGUAAACACAUUCUAAUAAAACUCCAAAUAAACUGCUGAACCAAU